CCUCCUCUUUACUACUCCUCUGUUUCUCUCUCUGCUUUUCCCUAUUUUCUCUAACUCUCUGCUUCUUCUUUUGGGACAAACACUAAAUAAUUUGCAUUCAAUCAUCUGACUAACCCUCUCUCACAAUACAUGAUCUUCGAUCUUGUUGCAGUGUUGAGAGCUGAACCUUUUUUUUUUGGUUGAGAGCUGAACUUGGAGGAAGUAUAAAUCGGAUCAGAGAAGAAGAAUGUUGGAAACUGCGUAUAGCUCAGGAUUACGGAAGAUACAGAGCUUUUGUUGCGGGGAGAGCAGUAGCGAGGAGGAGCUAUCGGUAUUGCCACGUCAUACGAAAGUGGUGGUGACUGGAAACAACCGUACGAAAUCGGUGCUUGUUGGACUCCAAGGUGUUGUUAAAAAAGCUGUCGGUCUCGGUGGUUGGCAUUGGCUGGUAUUAACAAAUGGGAUAGAAGUGAAGUUGCAGAGGAAUGCACUUAGUGUCAUUGAAGCUCCUACUGGAAACGAAGAUGACGAUGAUCUUGAUUUCGAUAACACGCAGGGGAAUGGUUCUGAUAUGAUUUUUUCUUUUCCAGCAUCUGAGGACACACGUAAGCCUCAUAAGUCGAAGCAAAGAAGGCAGAGAUCAUCGCGGUCAUCUCACAAGACCAUGAGCUGGUCUCUAUCAUCUGACUCACAAUCAAAAAGCUCGGGUUUUACUCCUCCUCAAAACAUGAAGGUUGAUCUUAGCAAACUAGACAUGCCUACUUUACUGAAAUAUUGGCGACAUUUCAACCUCGCGGAUGCAAUUCCAAAUCCAUCAAAGGAACAACUAAUUGACCUUGUUCAGAGACACUUUAUGUCUCAGCAAAUGGAUGAGCUUCAAGUUGUUGUGGGGUUCGUACAAGCAGCCAAGAGAAUGAAGAAAGCGUGCAAGCUCCAAUCAAAAGAAGCCAGAAACACUGAUCUUAACUGCAUCAGCUAAAAGAAAAAGCUAUAACUUAUAACAGAUCCUGUAAUUAAGUAAGGUACUGCCGACUUGUUUAACCAUUUUGUGGCUUUGCUGCUAGUUUUAGUUCUUUCUGAAGAUGUUUGGCUAAGGAGUAGAAUGUUGUUUCUUAUUGCUUCUGUUGUUUAGCCAUGUAAUUACCCAUCAAGAAGCCAAAUGACCCUGAAACCACGAAACAUGAACUCUUUGAAGCUCCCAGUUGAAACAAUAUGUUCUGAUC